ACAAUUAGCUUUGUUGGUGAUGGAAGAAGUGGAGCAUUUCAACAGUAACAUUCUCGUUCAAAAGAUCAGUUGUUGCACACAGUGGUACCGGAUAACAGCUUGUAGAUAACUUGUAGAAAUGUGGAUAAUUCUGUUAGGAUUCUUGGUCGUGCUGUGUGUGGUUCAAUAUAUAAGUUUUCGAAAGAAGUAUGCGUUUUCAAAAGACAUUCCGUGUGUGGAAAUGAACUAUCCACUGAUCGGUUGUGGACAUCUGUUUAUUGGUAAAGGUACUGCCAAGCGGUUUUGGAAUAUUGUCAAACUCUUCAAACGGAAGGAUAAAUUGUUCAAAUUCUGGAUGGGUCCCAAAUUGAUCCUCGCAACAAGUCAUCCGGAUGUUGCACAGCAAAUUCUCACAGAAUCGGUCUGGCUGGAUAAACCAUUUCUCUACGAUUUUUUCGAAAUGAGCCACGGAUUGUUCGGAGCAAAAUAUCAAAUGUGGAAGGGUCAGCGAAAGGCGUUGAGUUCCUCGUUCAACUUGAGAAUACUUCAAAGCUUCAUACCGAUAUUUACCAACUGCUCUAAAAAAUUAGUCGAAAGACUUGGUACAUUUCCGGAAGGAGCAACAGUUAACAUAAUGGAGCACGUUGAAAGAUUUGCGAUGGAGAUGGUGCUUGAGACGACACUAGGGCUAGAUAUCAGCGUACUCGAAGAGGCGGACUCACUGAUUGUCAAAAUUGAACGAUAUUUCUAUUUAACUUCGCGGAGACUUUUGAGCGUGCACCACUAUCUGGAUGCCAUCUACCAUUGGUCUGGAGUUUAUCGAGAGCUGCGUUCUCUUCUCAACUAUCUGGACCGCGUGGUUCUCAGAAUAGUUGGCGAUGUUUCCGUUCGUCAUGCCAAUGUAGACGAAAAACCGAUAGAAGCUGAUGAGGAAUUUAAAAAGCCACAAAUAUUCGUGGAUGAGAUGUUUACCAACAAGAUGAGACAAUUUACAGAGAGGGAAAUAAUCGAUAACGUGUACACCAUAAUCGGAGCCGGAACGGAUACAUCCGCCACCGCAGUCGCCUACGCCUGUCUCUUGCUGGCAUUAUAUCCGGAUGUGCAGCAGAAGCUCUACGACGAGGUCAUACAGGUCUAUCCCUCAAGUGACCCAGAGUUUACGCUAGACUCGUUGAAAAAUCUUGAGUACACGGAAAUGGUUCUAAAAGAAGCCCUUCGAUUAUAUCCUGUAGCGCCGAUCAUUAUGCGCCAGAAUCUUGAUCAAACUCAGAUCGACGGUUUGAAGGUGCCGAUGGGAAAUUUAUUGGUGAUUCACAUAUAUAGCUUGCAUCGCCGCGAGGAUGUUUGGGGACCAGAUGCCGCAAAGUUUGAUCCGGAACGAUUCUCUGCCGAAAGAUCUAAAGCUAGGCAUCCGUUCGCGUUUUUGGCAUUCAGUGGCGGCUCUAGGAAUUGUUUACGGUAUGCCUACAUCAGCAUGAAGAUAAUGAUGGCAGCAAUGGUUAAGAAAUUUCGAUUUACGACUAAGCUACGCGAGGAGGACUUACGGUUCAAAUUCGAUGCGAUUUUACGUCUCGAAAACGAGCAUUUGGUUCAACUUGAGCGACGUUAGUUUUACACUUUUUUAUGAAUUAUUGUGUCAAUUAAACGAAUCUGUAAAUGGAAGUGACAUAAACUAGUAAAUUU